GAUUGCAAAUUAACGCUGGCAUCUUUGCACUUAUAUGCUGUGCUCCUGGGCCAAUGUGUUCCUUUCCCUCUCCCAACGAGCUUUCUCGAUCUUCGUGAUACGAUCUUAUAACGAAAGUUAACAAUGCGUGCUUGCCUCGCAGUGCUCUUAUCAGCGGCUGCUACCCUUGUUUUAUCUCGUCCGGUUCCUUAUUGGGCUAUCUCGGCAUCUGAAUCUGCCAGUGAUUGGUGGGAAUGUAUUAGGGCUGCCAGCACCCAGUCCUUUCAUGGCGCUGCAGUCGAUGCUCCAAAAUGCAUAGCAGAGGCACGAGCUAUGAUGGACGACGUCAUCGACAUCUCUCGCUACGAUCGACUCCAAGAGCCCAUUUUGCAUGGUCAAAACCCAUUCCGCACUCCCUCAACUUAUUCCCGUGUUGGCACUUCUAGCAUUCUUGGUACCUUGCCUGCGUCCGAGUCGGUAACUAUAUCAGAGUGGCCACCUCCGUCCAAGCCGACAAAUGUAUCCAUCCCGUCACCUCCAUCCGAGUCAAUAACUAAAACCAUAUCGUUACCUCCGUCCAUCACCGUGACCAUUGUGUUGUCUCCGUCCAUCACGGCGACCUUUGCGGCGACCUUUGAGUUGCCUCCAGGCGCUUGCUUGCCUGAGGUUUUCUGGGAACAUCUAUCUCUGCCAAAGGACUGAGCGCAGGAGGAAGCGGAGCUUGGUCUUUGGUUUCUGGUGCUAUAGGAUUUGGGUUGAUCGUGUUUUAGAGAAGCGGAACAGAACAAAUAUUGACAGGGAACGCUGCUGUAUAAUUUUUC